CUUCUGGGCUCACUCCAGGGGCCAGUGUACGGUUGGAUUUGCUGUGCUGAUCCGGUUCCUAGAAAGCUCUUUUACAGAUCGCACCCAGUGUCUUUCUCUCCUUGGCCUUACUCCACCUUCUACUGUAAGUACCAUUUCUGACCUCACAAUCCUUCACCUGCAGCCUCAGGCCCCACCCCUUACAGAUGCUCCCCAAACUUAACUACCAAAAGUGCUCUCCUGUCUGCCCAGGCUGGGCCUCCUUCAACUUAUGAGCUACACCUGGCUCUUCGGUCAUCCAACCCUAUGGGCAACCUCAGGCCCCUAGGGCCUCCAGAACACCUUCCUUCUUCAUGAUUCACCAGGGGAACUUUGAAGAGUGAGAUGAUCCUGAUAGCAUGUUUAUCUACAUUAAACAUGGAGAUAAUCAAGAGUUUCUAGUCAACACCAAUUGCUCCGUUCUCCUGUUGCUACACUACAUCCGAAAGAAAAUGGGGUUGCGUAAAACAGACACCAUUGAUUUGUGUGAUGAAACUGGGACCAUGAAGUUACUUUUCUUGUCAAAGACACCCGGAGACUAUGCCAGCAAAUUCCUUACAGCUCGAAGUAUCUACUACGUUUGUAAAGUAGAGCGUGGAGCACCAGGUAGAGGUAUGAGGAUCGAGAAUUCCUACAAAGCUGUUGUGCCUCUCUUGAAGAAUCCAGAACAGGAACUAGUUGAGUCCCUACGCACACAGUGUGACUUCCUGGAGAGAAGCCGAAUAAAGAUGCUUCGAACUCUAGAAGCGAAGAGACUGGCAGCCAUGGAGUCCUCUACAAACCUCACAGCAAGAUCUUCCAAGAGCAGUGCCCAGCAGAGCACUAGUCCAAGUAGCCAAAUGAAGUCUAAAGCCGGACGAUCAGAUGAAGACGGGCCACCUCCCACCCGCAGACCAUUCUACAAGACCAGAGCAGACUUUCUCAAGAGACAUCGCUAACUCAAUAAAGUCACCAACUGAGAGCAGCAACUA